AUGAGAAUCAACGCCAUCCUCGCGGCGACCAUCCUCGCAGCCACCUCGGUCUCUGCGGCUGCCCUCCCAGUCCCCGAGGACGCGGUUGCUGUCCCUGAAGUCACCGAGACCACCGAGGUCACUGACGCCCAACCCACCAUCCCCGAUGCCGACGCCCAACAAGGCUUUGGCGGCUGGACCUGGCACCCAUGGAGGCCAUAUGGCUCCCCAAUUGGCAAACGCGAUGCCGCCGCCAGCGCUGAGGCUGGGAAAGGUUUCGGUGGGUGGACUUGGCGACCAUGGAGACCUUAUGGCUCUCCUAUCGGCAAGCGUAGUGCUGAAGCUGAGGCUGAUGCUCAACAAGGCUUCGGUGGAUGGACAUGGACGCCAUGGAGGCCUUUUGGCUCUCCCAUCGGAAAACGUGACGCGAACGCUGAGGCUGAGGCUGAGGCUGGGAAGGGGUUUGGUGGAUGGACAUGGACUCCAUGGAGACCCUACGGUUCUCCCAUUGGAAAACGUGACGCCGAAGCUAGUGCAGACGCCCAACAAGGCUUCGGUGGAUGGACCUGGCACCCAUGGAGACCGUAUGGUUCUCCAAUCGGCAAGCGCGACGCC